GGGGUUUUGAGCUAACAUCGUGUCGCGCAUUUGAAAUCGUGCGUUAUCGACUCUGGGUUCCUCUUCGCGGGUUGAUUUAUUCCUGCGUUUGUGUUGUUUCCAGUUGUUGUCAACUGCUUCCAACAAUAGAUUUAAAGUCCACCGACAAAUAGCACUGUUUUGCUGUCAAAGAAAUGAAUAAAAUCAUCAUGAGUCAGUGUAAACUUACUCAUUUACGUUCGUUACGUCCUACCUUCAUUACAAUUUUAAGAAGUUAUCAUUUUGAUGAAAAAUCAACAAACACGAAUGUAAGCAAGCUACCAGGCUAUGUUCCGCCACAUAUUUGGAUGAAACGUCGACCGGAAAAUACAGAAUUAAAAACAUCUUUAUUUGGUGCUAACAAAAGAGAACACACGGUGGAUGAAAAAGAAUACUUAUCAUAUGCUUCUCAUGCUUCCCUAUCUGGUUUUCCUGUGACAGAGAAUUUUACUUAUGAAAUUGCCCAUAAUAUUGAUGAAAUUCCGAAAAUCGAUCAAAAACUAUCGGAUAAUCUCAAAGCUAUGGGGUUAUUUGAGCUAACACCCGUUCAAAAACAUGCUAUUGGUAUUAUGUCAAUUGAUGAAUAUGAGAAAACGGAUGUUAAAAUGAAUGAAUCCGAUCAAAGUACAGAUGAUAAUUCAACGAAUUAUCCUUUUUAUGAACGUGUCACUGGUAAAUUUGAUUUAAUGGCAGCUGCACAAACUGGUUCGGGUAAGACGUUAGCUUAUCUCAUUCCAUCAAUCAAUCGUCUACUUAGAGUUUAUCCACUUGAAGCAAUGCAAACUUUACUCAACUCUCGUGGAUCACGUCAGUACCCUUCAUCAUUAAUUAUGGCACCAACUCGUGAACUAGUUCAACAAAUUCUUUCAGAAUUACUUAAAUUGAGUAAUCAAACUUUUGUUCGACCAGUCGGUGUAUAUGGCGGUGAACGACCAGAACGACAAAUGUAUGAAUUAACAAAAGGAUGUCAUAUGAUAGUUGCUACACCUGGGCGACUUUUGGAUUUCUUACAGCGUGAUGUUAUCUCUUUACAAUUCUGCAGAUCUUUAAUACUCGAUGAAGCAGAUCGUAUGUUGGAUAUGGGUUUCGAGAAACAAAUACGUCAAAUUAUCGAGUCGCCAAGAUUUAAAAUGCCUCCUUCCAAAGGGAAUAGUCGACAAACUGUUUUAUUCAGUGCAACGUUUCCACGUGAAGUUACACUAUUAGCUGGUGAUUUUCUACGUGGUUCUCAGUGUAUUUCACUUACACUCAGUAGUAAUAGUAGUAAUAGUGAAGAAUCCAAUACUAGCACUACUAUAGUUCCUACAUGGGGCAGUCAAACAAUGCUGCAUAAUCAGAAAAAAGAGAAAUUUGAACAAUUGACACGUAUAAUUCCUAAAGAAAUUAAUCAACAAUUUCAAUUGGUUGAUGGUGAUCCAAAAUCUGCCAUACCUAAGCAUCUUUUACAGUUGAUUCAAUCAAUGAAAUCUUCAAAUUCAGAAUCACUUGGAGAUAAUGUUUAUCGAGUUCUUGUAUUCUGUAACACUAAAAGAGAAGUUGAUCAAAUUGAUCAAUAUCUUUAUUCGAAUGGUGUAAAAUCUGCCGCUAUUCAUGGUGAUAAAGCACAGUCUGCUCGUGAUAGAGCAUUAAAUCUGUUUCGUAAAGGAACAGCCAAUGUUCUUGUCUCUUCAUCGGUUGCUGCUCGUGGUAUCGAUAUACCAAAUGUCGCUGCCGUGAUUAAUAUUGGCUUACCAAAUGAAUUGGAUGAAUAUGUACAUCGUGUUGGACGAACUGGUCGUAUGGGUAAAUCUGGCCAAGCAAUCACAUUGAUCAAUGAAAUUGCAUUACGUGAACAACAAUCUAGUAAAUUUGUAUCACGUGGUUUAUGUAAACUGCUACAGUCGGUUGGUAUUUUAGAUAAAGUACCAAAAUUAUUAUUAGAAUAUGCUAAUAUGGAAAUUACAGGAGAAGAAGAAGAAGCUGAAGAGCAAACUCGAUCAUCACGAUACAAUUCUUCUUAUUCAGUAAAUAAGAAAAACAAUUUUUACUCAGAUUUUAAAUCACGUUCAUUUACUAAAAGUUAUCGAAAUAAUAAUAAUAAUUAUUCAAAAGAUGAUGAUAAUUUAAUGCGACGAUAUUCAUGAUGAUGUAAAAGGGAGAAAACAAAAUAUUAUUGUGUGAUUAAAAUUGUAGAGAGAGAGAGAAUAGUAGCAUG